UCAACAAACGCCAUCAGGGGCGAUAAAGUCCCAGAAAAUUUGGAUCGCUUGUUACAUCUUGCGGAUCCUGGUUGAGGUCUUGUGAAGUUUCUUUAUUAUGGCGCAGUACUUUUGAACAUUUUGUAUUUAAAAUAAGUUUAAUUCAUUGACCGGCUUCCAGAAAUAUUUCACCAAGUAAAGUAAGACUUUUGCACAGCUGGACUAUUGAGUGAACCUCGUGGUGGGAGGAAAAGUCAUUGUUGUAGGUUUUGAAAAAACAAAAUGGCAGAAGCACAUCAAGCUGUAGCCUUCCAGUUCACUAUCACCCCAGAAGGAAUUGACUUUAGACUAAGCCAUGAAGCACUGAGACAGGUCUACCUCUCUGGACUAAGGUCAUGGAAGAAGAAGCUCACCCGAAUAAAGAAUACUGUCAUCACUGGAGUGUAUCCUGCAAGUCCUUCCAGCUGGUUGUUUGUGGUAGUAGCAAUUUUAGCUACUUUAUACACCCGUAGUGACCCCUCCAUGGGUCUCAUUAACAAAAUUCAGGAGCAUCUUCCUGUCAGUGGAUAUCUCUCACACCAAUCCCAAACUUUACUUAGUGCUUUGCUUUUUGCUACUCUACUGUGGCUAGCCGUCAUCUUGACAAUGCGUUAUAUUUUAAAACAACUCCUGUCAUACCAUCGCUGGAUGUUCGAACUACAUGGGCAUAUGUCCAAUAAAACCAAAGUCUGGUUGGCAUUAGUACGUAUAUUCUCUGGAAGAAAACCUCUACUUUACAGCUAUCAGGCUUCUCUGCCCCACCUGCCUGUACCUGCAAUCAAAGAUACCAUGAGACGAUUUUUAGAGUCUGUACAUCCCUUACUUGAUGAUGAGCAGUUCACACGCAUGUCCGCUCUUGCUUCAGAUUUUGAGAACAAUCUUGGACCUAAGUUACAGUGGUACCUUAAACUGAAGGCAUUAUGGGCUUCAAAUUAUGUUAGUGACUGGUGGGAGGAAUACAUCUAUCUUCGUGGUCGUAGUCCCAUCAUGGUUAACAGCAACUAUUAUGGAAUGGACUUCCUGUAUGUAACACCCACUCCCAUCCAAGCUGCCCGUGCUGGCAAUGCUAUACAUGCUAUGAUGCUGUAUCGCAGAAAAUUGAACCGGGAAGAAAUUAAGCCUGUAAGCAGUCAUUGUAAUGGUCUGUUAGCCGAAUCCCAGGCACUAUCAUUCCGCUUUGUUCUGCGCAGUGGGAGAGAUUGUUUAACACUUGCCGGAUCCCUGGAGAGGAGACAGUUGCUGGUACAAGACUGUGUGCCCAUGUGUUCUGAUCAAUAUGAAAGAAUGUUCAAUACUACUCGUAUCCCUGGGGAAAAUUCAGACACAAUCCAGCACAUGCAGGACAGCAAGCACAUAGCAGUAUUUCAUCGAGGCUGUUUCUGGCGUCUCUGGCUUUAUCAUGGAGGCCGUCUGCUGUCACCACGAGAGAUGGAGUGUCAAAUCCAGAAGAUUCUUGAUGAUACAGGCAUUCCACAGCCGGGUGAGGAAAAACUGGCUGCAUUAACUGCUGGAGACAGAAUCCCCUGGGCUAAAGCACGCAAGGCUUACUUUGGAACUGGAAAGAAUCGUCAGUCAUUGGACAUUAUUGAGAAGGCUGCUUUCUUUGUCUGUCUGGAUGAUAGUGAGCAAGGGAUGAUGGGUGAGGACCCUGGAAAAAGUUUGGAUGCAUAUGCCAAGUCAUUGCUGCAUGGAAAGACCUAUGAUAGAUGGUUUGACAAAUCUUUCACAUUCAUUGUUUAUAAGAAUGGCAAAACUGGAGUGAAUGCUGAGCAUUCCUGGGCUGAUGCCCCCAUUGUUUCACACCUUUGGGAAUAUGUUUUAGCAACAGACAGUUUCCAAUUGGGUUAUAAUGAAGACGGCCACUGUAAAGGAGAUAUGGAUUCCACUAUUCCUCCACCACAUCGUUUAACUUGGGAUAUACCAAAAGAGUGUCAAGAUGUGAUUAACAGCUCCCACGCAGUUGCUCAGGCUCUUGCUGCAGAUGUAGAUUUUCAUGUCCUUCCCUUCCGAGAAUUUGGAAAAGGCUGCAUAAAAAAGUGCAAGAUCAGUCCUGAUGCUUUUAUACAAAUUGCACUGCAACUGGCACAUUACAGGGACAAAGGGAAAUUCUGUCUAACAUAUGAAGCCUCAAUGACUCGUUUAUUUCGAGAGGGUAGGACUGAGACAGUGCGUUCCUGUUCCAAGCAAUCUUGUGCUUUUGUUCAAGCUAUGGAGAAUAAUCAUACAGAGCUUUCUGAGAAGCUCAGACUUUUCCAGCUGGCUUCAGAGAAACACCAAAACCUCUAUCGAAUGGCAAUGACCGGAGGAGGUGUUGAUCGCCAUCUGUUCUGCCUUUAUGUAGUUUCCAAAUAUCUGGGAGUGGAUUCUCCAUUCCUGAAGGAGGUUCUUUCUGAACCUUGGAGACUAUCUACCAGUCAGACUCCUGUUCAGCAAGUGGAACUGUUUGACUUGGUUAACUACCCUGACUAUGUAUCCUGUGGUGGAGGCUUUGGACCAGUAGCAGAUGAUGGGUAUGGAGUUUCAUACAUGAUUGUGGGCGAGGAGAUGAUCAAUUUUCACAUCUCUUGCAAAAUAUCAAGUUCUGAAACGAAUGCUCAUCGGUUUGGACAGCACAUUCACCAGUCCAUGAUGGAUAUUUUAGCUCUCUUCAGCAAUGGCAAGAAAAACCUGUAAGCUACAUUUUGUUAGAGAUGUUUUUUCUCAGGUUUUCUGUUGGGAACCAAAAUAACCCUGUGCUCCAGUUGAUUCCUCAUACUGUAUGUCUAAAUGCCUCUGUUUCUGUAACUUUGGAUCUGCCAUUAUGUGUUGGUGCUUAUCUCUUUUGUGAAUGCAGCUGGCAAGUUUCUUAUGGAAAAUAUGUAAAUAAAAACAAAAGACUGAAAAUCCUGGCCCACAGAAGCAGUAUUGCUCUCAGAUUCUCAUGGUGCACAAAUUUGCAGCAGUCUCUGGAAUGCUACAUUUCAAUUUUUUUAAAUAGUUACGUAUUAUUCCACAAUGAUACAACUCUUGUUCCAUUAUAUUUGAGUAAUGAAAGGAUAACUAGUGUAAUUAACUUUAUAAAAAGGGGAAAGAUUGAAAGAAAUUGAUAGUGCCUUAAAUUAACUGAAGAAAAGCAAACUGGUGAAAGAAGAGAUGCCACACAGCCAGUGUCUACCUGAUUAAGAAGACAGCCCUACACUAACGGUGGAUGUGCUAUUUACAUAGGGAAAUGGAGCAUCUGACCCUCAUCUGCUUGCAUGCAUACUUUUUAAGGGUUCAGUUUGAACCUUUUCUCAUAUUUACACUUGUUGAUUUUUUGCAGUGGUUAUUGGGUUUUUUGGUACAGGCAAGUGAUGAAUGCUAAAGUCACUGUGCUUAUGAAGUUGGAACCACUGUGUCUGCAGAAAGACAAGAGAAUGCUUCAUUAUAUUUCUACAUGCAAAUAAUUAGCCUUUCAACUCAUUUAUAGUUUGAGGUGGAUUAUAUAUUAUGCACUUUAAACAUACCUUUUUAUUUUCCAAACUUUAAUUUUCAGAUUCUGCUUAUGAGCUCGUCAUAAUUUUUUUUUAUGAAGAAAUAGGUGGGUGUAUGUGUGUGGCAAGAGGAACCAUGCAGAGUAGGGUGUGUGUGUGGGAUCAAAUGUAACUCAGAAUACCAGUUUUUGUUUUUCUGCAACUGUGAAGUUGGCCUCAGACUCAAAUACUGAUGUUGCUGAUUAACAUAUGUCUUUGUGUGUUUUUUUUAGUCAUAUUUUUAUGAAUGCACAAAGAUACACAUUCCUUCUGUGCCCUUAGCAGAUGUGCGGAAUGACUAAGUUCUCCUAGUGGAACAGUUGCCGUAUGGUAGAAUCUGCAUUUUUUUUUUUUUAAUCCACAAAAUUCAGCUGAAAAGGUUUAAACUGUACCAUUAUACUGGGGUCACUUAUCCCCAUCUGACCUGGUUUAAAAUACAUACAAAUAAAUACAGUAUGCAUUGUGCAUUUUAAUUUUAAAACACGUGCAUUAAAACUUUUUUUCUUCAGUUAUCUGGAAAUGAAGGAGAAUCAUCUAUCUGGAGUUGCUUUAAACUAUAGAGGCUGUGCCUAACUGUAAGAUUAAGUAUAAUAAAAUUAGUGACCUACAUUCCAGAAUAUACAGUACAUACUGUACAAGUAAGUGAACUAAACCCCUUACCACAAAAAUAGCUUAAAAAGCCAAAUCAUAAUAGUAGACUUUUCCCACUCAGUGACUGAAAAAAACUGUUUUCACCUUGCACACCUAUCUGGCAGAGUGACUCACAUUUUCAAAGUUGUUAAAAUUGGAUCUAUAUGUUAGAUUUAUUAGGAUUAUAGCUAAUAUUAGUAGUCAGAACCUGGACUGAGAUCAGUGUUGCUUUUAUGGUUCAUAAGAAAAAUACAGUAGAUCACUUUUAUCUUCCACACAACCAUGUUACCACACAGAUGAAGGUAUUUUAUCUGAGCAGUGAUUAGCUGACAAGUGUAUGUGUUUUUCUUACUGUGCCUACUGAUAACCUAAAACAGAUGUGUAUCUCUGAGACAUUUAUAUCAAAAUAGCAUUCUGUUUUCUAAAGAAUUACCAAUAUGUAUUCUGUCAUAAUGAAAAUUCUCAAUACUUUAUGUCUACCAUAAAGAUGUAUUUACUUAUUUACUUAUGUAUUUUCAGACAUCAGUGUCAUCCUGCUUUGGUUUGAUAAGGAACUAAAACUUAAGGCAGGAACAUCUUACAAAGACAUUUUAAAUCAAGAAAUUGAUAUUAACAAUAAUGUGUGUUAGCCUGGCCUGCCUUCCAUCUAUCAUAUGGUUUAUAAAGAGUAUGAAUUAGUCUUUGAUCUAAUCCCAUCUUUUAAAUAAAUAUAAAACAGUUGGGGUAUGAAUUCCCAAUCAUAGACACAUAACGAAGCCAUCCUGUUAUUUUUGUGAUAGAAUUUGGUGUUUUGGUUUCUUUUUGCAUUCAGUUCCACAAAAACCAUACAGCACUAGAUAAUAGUAAAUGACCCCAACAAGCAGGAAUUAUAGUAUUACAUUAACUCAGAUAAUACUGCAAAAAGUGCACUCUGUUUACUUGGGUUAAACAUUACAUGUUUCCUUUUAUCGUAUAAUUUUACCCGUAUAGUAACCUAUUGAGUAUUUUAAGCUUUAAAGUUGUUUUGUGUUAUAAUGGAGGCAUUGUUAUGUAUUUUGCACUCAUUUUGUUUUUAAUUAAUCCUGAAAGAUUUGUCUCAGCAAAUUCUAAGUUUACAUUUCAUUUAUGUUUUCUAGAAGAGACAAUAUUUACAAUUAAAGAGGUAGUAUAACAUGAUUAGACUAUAUUGGAGGGUGUUGUAUAGCAUUUACUUUAUUUAUACAUACAAGUGAAAAAAGGGCAAAAUUAUUGAGUGCAUAGAAUAGACUUUGAAGCCAAGCUAAGUUCUGACUUAAAUGUUGGCUAACUAAAACAUAUUAGCAGCAGUGAUGAAAUUCCGUGCAAGUGACAUUUUGAAGGAUUUGUUGAUUGUUAUUCUGCUUGUUUUUGUUAAACAUAGAGAACAUCAAUCAGUUUCAUAUAGACUGAGCAUUAAUUGCCAUUUUUAAUAGUCAUGUCAUAAUUUCUCUACAUUUAAAUGUCACAUGACCAAAUUAUUCUGACUUCUUUUGUCAAAUUAAUAAUUGCCAGUUUUGUGAUUAAUAAACUUAAGAAAUCAGCCAUUCACUGGAUAUUUAUCUAAUGUACAAACUAAAUCUAUCUCUACCCAUUAUAUUUAUGAUUCUGUUUUUAUUGAAUUGUUACUGUUAUUUUUGUUAAAAUGUAUUUCAAUCAUAAAGUAGCAGAUUUGACACAAAUUUGACAAUUCUCAGUAAAAAAAGGUAUUGAAAUAUUUUCUGAAGUAGCCACUUUGUCAUAAUAAAAUGAACAAUGUUUCUCAUGACUCAA